AGAGAGGUAUCUACGUAUGUAAUAAUGAAGCUCAUCAUUAGUUAUCUACGCAAAUCAACUCCAGCGAUGCCUUUAUUUUCAAAAUUUAAUCAUUUGUGGAAAAAUCAUCGCACGAGAUCAUACCUAGUUCUUCGCGAUUCGACCGAAAUAUUAAAUGCGCGUUCAAAGUGGUAAAUAAAAUGGCUCUAACUGUGAUAAUCGUGUGUUCAAUCGUGAUAAUACUUUUAUUUAAAAUUUUCGAUCAUGUUAAGAACAACAAGAAGUACGAAUUACUCGAACAUAUUCCAUCAUUUCCGACGUAUCCUUUAAUCGGUAAUUUACACAUGUUGUGCGGUUCGAUGUCAGGUGUUUUAAAGAAAUUAGACAGAAUUUUUGGAACCCAUGAUCGUUCAGUUUUUUGGAUGUUUUCAAUUCCUGUAGUGAUCUUAAAAAAACACGAAGAUAUUAUGAUGAUACUAACCCAAAGUCAAGAUCGCGAGACACUUGGAUUAGCCACUGAAUGGAUCGGUACUGGAUUAAUAAAUGCGAAAUAUGAAGAUUGGAAAAAAUCAAGAAAAGUUCUAACACCCGCUUUCAGCUCAGAUAUGCUUUCAAAAUACAUUGAAGUCUUCAAUGAAAGAUCAUUAGCUCUGGUAAAAGUAUUCAAACGAGAGGCAGAUACUGGUCAAGUAAUCAACGUAUGGGAUCACUUGAUUAAAAUCAAUGUAGACACAAUCGUCGAAAAUGUUAUGGGAAUUUCAAUAACAACUUGUGGAGAAAAAGGAGAUAAAUUCGGUCACGCAGUAUAUGAGACAUUUCAGAACAUGAUAAAACGUUUCAUAGCACCCUGGUUACAUCCACGUUUGAUUUACUUAGCGUAUCUGAAAAUUACAGGAAAAAGUAACAUCAUUAAGGACCUUCAUUAUUUACCCACCAAAAUUUUGAGAGAAAAAAUGGCCGAAUAUAGAAGAGGAAGUGUUCAAUUAGGUAAAAAUCUUGAAGAUUUCAAUAAUUAUUUUUCAAAAACGGUAAUUCACCAGCUGAUCAGGGAAGGUAUAAAAGAACCCAGUUUUGAUGAGACGCGUAUGAGAGAUGAAUUAUUACACAUAACAGGUGCAGCAAUCGAGACCACAGCACUGAACGUAGCAUUCUUGAUGUUGAUGCUGGCUAUUAAUCAGGAUAUUCAGCAAAAAGUAUACGAAGAAAUCACAGAACUUCUAUCAGACGAUGAUAUGCUCACUCCAAAUCACUUAUUCAACCACUUGAAGUACUUGGAACAAUGCCUUAAAGAAACCUCCCGAAUGUUUACCUCAGUAAUUGGAACCAUCAGACGUACACAUAAAGACUGCGUAUUGAAAGAUAACGUCAUUAUUCCUGCAAAUACUCUAGUUUUCUCAGCUAUUCAUUGGGCUCAUUACGAUAAAGAGGCGUUUAAAAAUCCGUACAAAUGGGAUCCAGAACACUUUAAUGAGCAAGCCGAACAAAAUCGAUCGAAAAGCGGUCUUUUGAGCUUUGGAUAUGGGCCACGAUCCUGCAUAGGAGCUAAAUACGCGAUGCUGUCGAUGAAAACCCAAAUGGCGUAUAUUUUACGUAACUUUCAUUUAUCAACCAAUAUAAAAGAAUUCACUUACGAUGAUUUGUACGCUGACGUGUCGAUUAGAAGUAAAAUCGGAUACCCUAUCAGAUUCACGAGCAGAACAAAAUUGAAACAAUAAAGUUUCUUAACGCGAUGAAAA